AUGUUUGAAGGGUUACUGCUUUAUCCUACUUUGGGUUUUAAUUUGCUGCGUAAUUAUUUACAACCGGUGAAAUGGACAUGGUAUAAUCGUAUCGAUGAUGUCAUAGUGCUCGGUGCGCUGCCAUUCCGCAGUAUGGUGAAAGAACUUAUUGAGAAAGAGAAUGUUGGCGCUGUUAUUUGUUGUACGGAAGAAUAUGAGACGCAAGUUGUUUGGAAAGCAAUGGAUGAAAAGGAAUGGAGAAAAAAUGGUGUUGAGUUCUAUGCGCUACCAAUGGUUGAUUUCGUAGGUACGGCAUCUAGAGCAUCAAUCGAUAAAGCUCUCAAUUUUGUUGAUAAAAUCGCGCAACGUGGUAGAUCAGUCUACGUACACUGCAAAGCUGGUCGAACGCGUAGCGCAAUGUUUACUACAUGUUAUUUGAUGCGUAAGAAUGGUUGGUACCCAAAUGUUGCUUUUGAGUUCAUUAAAAUAAAACGGCCACAGGUAGUGCUUGGAAAUGCUCAGUGGCGGACAGUUAACGAAUACCAGAGAUAUUUGGAUCACAAAACUGGACUUGCUUGA